AUGCCACGCGACUCAUCAACAUGUAGACGUCUUCUGGAGUAUAUGACUGGUCAGAUUGAAGACGAAGAUAACAAGGAUGAUUCAAAUACCCAUAUGUCGCUACAGAGGUUCUCUGCAGUGAAAUUGAAGACGGAGAUGGUCACGGCUUCUCACUUUGCCAAGAUUAAUGCCGUCUUCUUCUUCAAGAAACCGGCGGAGAGCGGUGUUCAGAUGCUCGCCUUCAUCCAAUCCCAACCAUCUAUCGUGGAACGCCUCUUGCGACACGUCGACAUGCAAUUCAUUGUUGGCCUUCUUGUUCGCACUAUUCAGCUGGACGAAGUCCCAGGUGAUGCAGGCAUUCUCGAACUGCUUCUCCGGCGCAUAUCAGUGACACGCACAGUAGUUUUAGAACCGAUCAAUGGAAUACUUUCCAUGGCUGCUGCGUCUCCUGCGCCAGAACUCAAGAUGUCUGCAGUGGCGUCGCUUCAAAUAUCCUUUCCAUGGAGUUGGCACGGCCCGAAAGUGCGAACGUUUACAUAUGCAAUAGUUACUUCUGAAGUUCCACAAUUUCGCUUCGAGGUGAGCAAAAUUAACCCCUUGUAUUAG